AUGUAUAUCACGCAGAGUGAGGGGUUUGGGUGUGCGUCGACGGCUACGGCUGGGUCGGGGGAUGGGGAUGGGGAUGGAGAUGGGGAUGGGGAUGCCAAUGCGGGGUUAGUGGGCGCCGGGGCCGUGGUGGGGGUUAUAUACAAUCACCAAGGGUCGAGGAAGAAAGACGGGGCUGGGAAGAAGCAGGCGGAGGCGCAGGCGCAGGCGCAGGCGGAGGUGCGGUUCCCUGGGUCCGGGGAUGUCUGGGUUGCGGGUGAGCUGCCGGGUGGCGGGUAUCGGUUUUCGCUUCGGGAUGGGGAGCGAGUGCUGGAGUGGGGGUGCGGAAAGGGGAAGGGGGUGGAGUCGGUGUCUUCGUCUGCAUCUGCGUCUGCGUCGUCGGAGAAUGCUGUGGGUGGCGGUGAGGGUGAGGGUGAGGGUGAGGGUGAGGGUGAGGGUGAGGGUGAAGGGGAUGGCGACGGCGAGGGACGGGAGUUCGUGCUUAGGAUCGUCCAGCCCAGGACGCGGAGGAGGGUGCGGAUUGCGUCGCUGACGAGACGGGGGUUUCGGAUCAGUAGGUGGGAGCGCAUGCCGCUGGCGGCUUUGGCGGGAUGUACAAGUACGGCUUCAUCCAGCGGGUCUAAAAUGGCGGAGGAGCAGUUCCGGAGCGCGGUCUACACCCUGAUACUGACGCUUGGGGUUUGGGUUGCGGCGCGGGAGAAGUGGUUGGGUUGA